ACGGGCGGGCGGGGCCUCCUCGGCAGAGACUCCGGGACAGGCAGGCGUCUGGCGGGAGGGCGGCAGCUGAGGUCAGACAUGGAGACGGGGCCCCGGCCGCCCGGCCGCCCCGCCCUCUGGGCCCCCGUGGUCCUGGCCCUCGGCCUGGGCCUGGCCGGCACCCAGAGGACCCUGGAGGAGGUGCCCGUGCAGCCCGGCUUUGACGCCCAGAAGGUGGCCGGGCGCUGGCUGACCCUCCGGCUGGCCUCCAGCCGGGCACGCCUGGUCUCCCACGACCCCCUGCGGCUGGCACUCCACUCCAUCGCGACGCGGGGCCCGGACCUGGAGUUCCUCUUGUUCUGGACCGGGCAGCGGCUGUGCAGAGGCGUCCGCGUCACCGUCCACCCGACGGGGCUCCCGGGCCAGUACCAGGGCGCCGGUGAGGGAGGAGCCCGCGUGCGCGUCCGCUUCGUCCGCUCCGACCUCCGCAGCCCGCUCUGCGUCCGCGUGGAGGAGGGCGGCCCGGGGGGCGCGGGCGAGGUCACCAGCCUGUGGGCGCUGCUGGCCAGACGCCUGCCCGGGGACCCCCAGUUGCUGCGCAGGUUCCUGGGGUACGUGAGGCAGUUCCAGCUGCAGGAGGCCCCCGUCUUCAACCUGGAGGCCCCGUGUCCUCCGCCUGCAGCCCAGGUCCGGCCCUCCCGUCAGUCUUCCGGCACCUUCUCCCGUUCCCAGGGUCCUGUGCACCCUGUGCUGCCUGAGGCUCUUGUCUGCGCCCGCCCCACCCUCUCCGUCCCCGAAUGGGGUCUCCUUGGCUUUGGGUCACCAGGUCCUGCAGCCAGUGGCUGAGGCGCCCACCGCCCCUGGCAUCCUGGCCUGGCGGGAGGUCACUCCAGGUGGCGAGGGGGCCGGGGCCUGGGCGUAGCGUUACCGUGCAGCGGACAGAGCCAUGGGCCUUCGCCGAGAA